AUGGAGAAACUUGAAUACAUUGAGUAUUUCAAUGUUUCAUUCAAUGAACUCACUGGUGAAAUUCCAAAUGGAGGGCCUUUUAAGAACUUUACCUCAUAUUUUUUCAUUGGAAAUGGAGAAUUGUGUGGAGCAUCUAAAUUUAAGGUCAAGUCAUGCAAAGGUGAUACAACUCGAUUAUCAAGCAAUACGAAAUUCUUGAAGUACAUUUUACCAUCAAUUGCUGUUGUAUUGAGUCUGGCCAUUACUGUGGUUUAUUUAAUAAAAACCCAUAGUAGAAAUACACUUCUUCCAGCUACGUCUACUUCCCCUGUCACUAUCAAGAGAAUUUCAUAUUAUGAAGUGCUAAAUGUUACAAAUAAAUUUGGUGAAGAAAGACUAAUUGGCAGAGGCAGUAUUGGUUUAGUGUACAAGGGAAUAUUUUCAGAUGGAAUGAUUGCUGCUAUUAAGGUUUUUAACGUAGAUUUGCAAGGUACAAACCAAAGUUUUGAUAUUGAGUGCAAAAUAUUGUGCAACAUUCGUCAUAGAACUCUUGUUAAGAUGAAGAUAUGGUUGCCCGACUUUGGCAUUGCCAAGCUUUUCACUGAAGACCAAAGAAUUUCGAUUACCAAGACGUUGGGCACCAUUGGAUAUAUGGCUCCAGAAUAUGGAUCAACUGGAUUAGUAUCAACUAUGGUGGAUGUUUAUAGUUAUGGGAUUAUGCUAAUGGAAACAUUUGCCAAGAAGAAGCCAACAGAUGAUAUGUUUGUCGGAAAGUUCACAAUGAGGAAAUGGGUGCUUGAAUCAUUCCCAAAUGAAAUAAUGCACAUAGUGGAUGUCGAUUUAGUGAAUGCUGUUGAAGAUAAUAUUCGAGUUAAGGAGAGAUGCUUCAAAUUAAUCAUGGAAGUAGCACUAGAAUGCACGACUGAUUUGCCUGAGGAGAGGCUCAAUGCUAAAGAUGUUCUAACAAGUCUCAAGAAGAUUAAAACUUAA